AUGGAAGAGGCUCUGAAGGACGACUGCAUCAUUCCCACCCCUCCAUCUUCCUCCAAGACCUCCACCAAGACCUCCAUCUUCCUCCAAGACCUCCACCAAGACCUCCACCUUGCUCCAAGACCUCCACCUUGCUCCAAGACCUCCACUAAGACCUCCACCUUCCUCCAAGACCUCCACCAAGACCUCCAUCUUCCUCCAAGACCUCCACCAAGACCUCCACCUUGCUCCAAGACCUCCACCAAGACCUCCAUCUUCCUCCAAGACCUCCACCAAGACCUCCACCUUGCUCCAAGACCUCCACCAAGACCUCCAUCUUCCUCCAAGACCUCCACCAAGACCUCCAUCUUCCACCAAGACCUCCAUCUUCCUCCAAGACCUCCACCAAGACCUCCACCUUGCUCCAAGACCUCCACCAAGACCUCCAUCUUCCUCCAAGACCUCCACCAAGACCUCCACCAAGACCUCCAUCUUCCUCCAAGACCUCCACCAAGACCUCCAUCUUCCUCCAAGACCUCCACCAAGACCUCCAUCUUCCUCCAAGACCUCCACCUUCCUCCAAGACCUCCACCUUCCUCCAAGACCUCCACCAAGACCUCCACCAAGACCUCCAUCUUCCACCAAGACCUCCACCAAGACCUCCACCUUCAGGAAACCUUCACAAUUCCUCAACCAGACUUACAUAAACAUCUUCAGAGGAGUUCGCUAAGUCGUAGGUGGAAUUCAAGAUGA